UGCGGGACGUGACUUCAUGUCAGAAGUGGAGUGUACAGAGCGCGCGCGCGUGUGUAUGUUUUAACGCAUAAAGAACGCAAAGCUGGCGGACUUCGACAUGGCAUCGGGCGAAACGCUCUACAUCGAGACGGACGGCACGGAGAUGCCCGCGGAGAUCGUGGAGCUGCACGAGAUCGAGGUGGAAACGAUCGAGACGACGGUGGUCGGCGGAGAUGAAGACGACGAGCAGCAGCCCAUGAUCGCGCUGCAGCCGCUGGUUACCGACGACCCGUCGCAGGUCCACCACCAGGAGGUGAUUCUGGUCCAGACCCGCGAGGAGGUGGUCGGCGGGGACGAUUCGGAUCUGCGGGCGGACGAUGACUUCGAGGACCAGAUCCUCAUCCCGGUGCCCGCGCCCGGCGCCGAGGAGGAAUACAUCGGGCAGACUCUGGUGACAGUCGCGGGGAAGAGCUCCGUGGGGCGGAUGGGGAGAAAAUCGGGCGCGGGCGGCAAGAAGUCGGGCAAGAAGAGCUACCUGAGGGCGGCGGAGGCCACCGGGAGGAAAUGGGAGCAGAAGCAGGUGCAGAUCAAGACGCUGGAGGGGGAGUUCUCCGUGACGAUGUGGGCAUCGGAUGACAAGAAGGACAUUGAUCAUGAGACGGUGGUGGAAGAACAGAUCAUUGGGGAAAACUCUCCUCCUGAUUAUUCUGAAUACAUGACAGGAAAGAAACUCCCUCCUGGAGGAAUCCCAGGAAUCGACCUGUCAGAUCCCAAACAGCUGGCAGAGUUUGCCAGAAUGAAGCCGAGGAAAAUCAAGGAGGAUGACGCGCCGAGAACGAUAGCGUGUCCGCACAAAGGCUGCAGUAAAAUGUUCAGGGAUAAUUCAGCCAUGAGGAAGCACCUUCACACUCACGGCCCUCGAGUUCACGUGUGUGCCGAAUGUGGGAAAGCGUUUGUGGAGAGCUCCAAAUUAAAACGUCAUCAGCUCGUUCAUACAGGAGAGAAACCUUUCCAGUGUACGUUUGAGGGCUGUGGGAAACGCUUCUCGCUGGACUUUAAUCUCCGGACGCACGUCCGAAUUCACACCGGCGACCGGCCCUACGUUUGCCCGUUUGACGGCUGCAAUAAAAAGUUUGCUCAGUCCACCAACCUCAAAUCGCACAUUCUAACACACGCGAAAGCCAAAAACAACCCAUGAACACUUGCGUUCUCUCGUGUCCUAAAGCCCUGACGCUCCGCAUCUUCACACUGGAGAUAUAUGAACCAAUGCUCCGCUAGUUCUCUCAUAAGGAAUGAAAUCAGUGAACUUCAAGGAAUUUCCAUGAAUUGUGGUGACUGUAAAAGACAAAAAAAGCAAAAUCCUCCAUUCAAAUCGACUUCAUGACCUGGUUCUCCUGGUUGAGGAACCAAACUGACCUUCCAGAGCCCCUCGCGUUCAGUAAGACGGCAUGUUGCAGAUGGUGAAUGUGGCUCGUGCAAACCCUUCGACAGACGAUGCUUUUUACCACAAUGACAGAUGAGAACAUUUGGACUUUGCUUCAUUUUUCCACUUUUACUUCAGUCUCUCUGGUCUUCAUAGAUAUAUAGCUUUUAAUUUUGUAUUUCUCCAAGUGUGCAUAUUGUACACUUAUUUUUGGGAUAUGCUUCAUAAUGCUACUUUGUGAUCAUUAAUUAUCCCUGAGAAUUUAAGACUUGUGAAGUGUUCUUCACAGACGGGGUGAUGAUAUCAGUUACUGUUAAGUCUUUGUUUUCCUGUAAUCUAACCAUUAAUGAAUCUGAUGUAAGUGUAUUGAACGGCUGUUGAGAUCAUGUAGAAUUGUGUUGCGGUGUGAGUUUGACGUGCUUUCUUGCGUUAGUCUUCAGUUGUUGUCCUGGAUUGAUUGUACCACAGGAAGGACAGAAUUCGUUCAGCUGUCUCACCACGGUAAAUUUCAGUGUUAUCCGUCGCCUUUUCUUUGUUAGAAUGUAUUGUAAAGGUCCAAACCAUGAACUAUUCUUUGUUAAUAUUUACACUUAUAUUUACACCUCACCUGUACUUCAGCAAGCUACUAUAAAAAAAUAUAUAAUAAAAAAAAGACAUAUUUUUUUGUCAUAUUAAUUUGCUUCAUUUGGUUGUGUGAAAUGACACUGACUUUGAAUUAUGGCAUGAAAUGUCAAAUUGAACAUGCAUUAGGAAACGCAGUUUGUUCAUGUUUUGGAAGAAGGAUGGCACAAGCACACCAUGUUUUCAUGUAAAGUAUUUGGCAAAAUCACAUUGUCAGGUUUCAGAUGAUAAAAAAGACAAGAAUGGAAUACAAGAAGUAUUGUGACAUUUUGAGUUUGUCAAAUAAUGGAAUUUUAUUAAUCCAAUAUAUUAACACAGAUAUACCUGGGUUUACUCCUACUAUGCCGUUUUACAUUUUUAUGUUAAUAUUUUGAAAAUAAAUCAAUUUAAUUCACAAUUUUUGAAAGAUGAAAAAUAU